GUGCGACAGACGUCGGAGCGGUGGGGUUCUCCUUCAGCGGUUCGUCGGGCGUCGUGUCCAACGGUCGAAUAUUUCGAAAUUUGUUUUAUGUGCGGGGUGCCGGCCGGCCCGUUUGCUGCCAUUCGCGUGCGCACGUGAGGGUUGUCCGUUCGGUGGUCAUCUACACGCGGUGCGUUUCAUGGCAGACAUUUUCCGGCGGCUACAGGUCCUGUUACUACCAACUCUUCUUCUGCUUCUUCUCGUCUUUUUGCGCGCCUUCGUCGUGCCGUGGUCUCAUGGGUGUAGACAGAGACAACAAGUGGAUAGGAAGACGGCGAUGGACAUACGGGACAGCUCCGUCGGACAGCAAAGACGUGUGAUGGAUUUCUCCAUUCCUGAUCGGCCCCUCUCCGGCCAUCGACCCGCCGCAUAUGACCCCUCGUACAGUCAUCUUCCACCACACGAGCAGCCGUUGCCACCGGAUCCGGAGGACGCCUGGGUUGAGGAUCUGUCGCACACACUUCCUCUGGGGAGUGGAUCUAUGCAAGAGUGGACGAGUAGGCAGUGCCAGCACAGGGAAGCAGGGACCACGCGCGAGUCGUUCACAGCAUUGCUGGAGGAGGGUGUCAACAACGCGGCCACGGAGCUUGUGGACUUGGAUUUCGGAUUGUGCAGCGGGAGUGGUGCAAGUGGUCCGAUCCACGAGGGGGGGGGUGGUGGGAGCGCCGACGUCUCGAGUUCCAUGGGCGCCAGGCCAGUUGGCGAGUCGUCAAGGGCAGUGACACCCACCCGCCCCUCGGUGUCUUCGCCUGCAAUGCGGCAGAGCGCGACCGCAAGUCCUGCAAUCAAUGAAGGGACUCCAUCGGAAGACAUUGGGAGGCAGGCGUGGGAGAACUGCUGCCUAAAGAUGCGGCAUGCUGCCGCGGAGAACAUAACCACCGGUGUGUCCAAGCUGCGUGUGGGGAGCGACGUGGAUGUGGACGACAAUCGUCGGGCGAGUGGGGACGAGUCUCCGGAUUUCCGUUACGAAGACGACGUGGAAGACGGUGAGGGGCUGGAGAUCCGACCCGUGGCUGCGCAUGGUGGGCGGAGGGGAGGACGCGAACGUCAGCAGAGGGGUGAGUCGCGUGGUGGCCAAGGAUCGAAGGCUUCUGUGGGCGACAAGGGUGGCAAGCACCCAACUUGGAGUGUGGAGGAGAUGUUGAAGCUCGCUCGAGCGAAGCGGGAUCAGCAAGCUUAUUUCGAGGGAAUGCCGCACAACUACGGCCGCAUGCGAAACAGGGAGUGGAAGCUGCUGGACCUACAGAAGCGGCUGGCAGGGGUCGGAGUGAACAGGGCAACGGACGACAUCGGAAAGAAUUGGGAUAAAGCCUUCCAGCAGUACAAGAAGGUGCAGCGUUACCAGAACAUGUUCGGUGGACAAAACUUCUUCACAUUAACUCCUGCAACGAGGGCGGACGAGGGCUUCAACUUCCGAAUGGAUGAGCGAGUCUUCAAUGAGAUCGACAACAUGUCCAAAAAUAACAAGACCAUCUACCUGGACAACGCGGCAGACACGAACGCCCGCGGAGGAGUGCCGCCAGCAAUGGAUGGUCACCGCCAGGCGGCCGUUGGUGGAGAGAGGGGUGAUGGCGUCGACGAAGAUGUGGGUUUAACGAGGGAGUCGGGGUUCAGUGCAGGGAGCACGGGCAAUCCAGCGAAGAGGAAGAACAUGCGGCAGCAGACCUUCGACGCCAUCGCCGAAGUCAUGGACAAACAUGGUGCAUUGAUGGCGGAUACAGUAGAGGGUGCGAGCAAACAGCACUGUAGCAUCCUGGAGCGGCAGUGUGACAGCCUGGACCGGAAGGUUGAAGCCCAGAAUCGGCAAUGUGACAUACUGGAGAGGCAUUACGCGGCGUCCGAUGAGGCGAACAGGAUGAUGUGCACGGCGUUAAUGGAGAUUGCCAGAGCAAUAAUUUGAAGGGACAGAUCUUGACGUCGGUGGCGUGAGGUUUGUUGAGCCGUUGUGGUGGAUUCGCCCGCGAACCGGCCCGUGGCGAAA